AUGAGCCGAAGCUCUCAGGGACCCUCUCCACCCCUCAGUGGCAUGGGCCAGCCCACAGCCAGGAGCACUCAGCAUACGGGCCGACCCGCCUUGCGGGAGCACCCGCUCGACCCAAUCCACUCCCGGGGCCCGAGGAGACCACCCAACCCCCGGAGGGGAGGGGAGGAAAUCACGGAACCUCGGGAUAUUGUAUUGACGUUACUAUGCGCCAUUUGUGUAUUAGGAGAUCGACGUUAUAUCGCUAUUCCUGUCGAUGAUGUUGAUGAUAUCGACAUCAUCAAGGUGAAUGCAAUCACACCUUCGUUAUCAAGGAUAGCAAAACAAACAAAAGCGUAUGUAUCUAGCGUUUCUCAUCAAGAUGAUUCCGUGAUACAGCGUUCUGAGCGAUUAGCAACGCAUGUCCUGGAUUAUGUUGAUUUCGGAGGAUAUACCGGAUCCAAUGGAGCUUUCAGUUGGUAUGCUGAUUAUCCGGCUCAUCGUUCGUAAUUUUCUGUAAUAAUAACUUACUGAAACAAAUUGAAGAGAACAUCAUUGUGUAGUAUAUAAUAUUAGAA